AUGCAGAAACAACAGACCGUGGCGGUGGGAAAGUCAGUUGUGCUAACUUGUCAGGCUGACGCACCGGACCCGGCUCUUGUCUCUCAACCCCAGUGGCGGGACCCUAAAGGCCAAAUUAUAAAUGAAGCAGCUGCUGGCACGAGACCCGAAAUCUACACGGAGCCGAUGCCCGCGAAACAGCUCCAACUGCUGUACAUAUCGUCAAUCACUCCGGCGAUGGCAGGCAAUUACACUUGUGAAGCGACCUUUACCAACAUGCCUCUCAGUGCGAGCGUUGUUUUGGACACUUUCGUGGCAAUUACCUGGACUAAUGCGAACGAAAAUCAAUAUGCGACAAAAGGAAAAGACUUCAAAGUUAUGUGCGAGGUAACUGCCGAACCUGCACCAUCUGUUGAUUGGUUUAAGGAAGGGACACCGAUCCUUACUGGCGACAGAUAUGUCAUUCACGCUAAUGGCUUGAUGAUUAAAAACGUUGAAGAAAGCGAUGAUGGAACUUACACGUGUAGGGCAGUUGUUAUUCAAACUGGAGAGUUAGCUGAACGGAAUAUCAAAUUGGAGGUUUACACGGCUCCGGAGAUGGAGGAGAGGGAAACAAGGGUCGUGAUUAAAGAAGGUGAAUCAGCAUCGAUCACAUGCAAAGCGAGAGGGAAGCCUCCACCAACAUACUCGUGGAUUAAGGCGUCUACUCGAGAGAACUUGGGAACUGCGUCGCGUUUUAGUGUUAAUGAGAUAAAAGGCCUCCUGACAUUUGAUCGUGUUGAAGCCGGAGACUACGGCAAAUAUAUAUGUAGUGCUGUCAAUCAAGCCGGUCAUAACGAGACAGAAAUCGAAGUAGAAGUUUUAGUACCGCCGAAAAUAUUCGAGCUAUAUAAUACUACAGCUGCAGAGAAAACUGAAGGCAGAUUGGAAUGCAAAGCUACGGGUCGGCCCGCGCCUAGGUUGAGUUUUAGGAAAUUGAGUAAUUCUGAUCGGUUUUUGAACGGACCUAAUGAUGAUGGCAGGAUUGUCGUUGAAACAAGUAACCGUCAGACAGGUGAUCAAAUGCAAUCCAGCGCUAUACUAACUAUUAUUUCUCUGAAUAGAACUGAUGAUGGUUUAUACGAGUGUGUUGCUGAAAACGAAGGUGGCGAAGCGAGAAAGAAUGGACAUUUAACUGUACAAUUCAAACCUACAUUUGAACAUAUGACAAACGUGCCAAUUUGGAGUUGGAAUUCACAACCUGUCAACAUCAGCUGCAUUGCCGAAAGUAUUCCUAACGCGACCAUUAAGUGGAAGUUCCACGAUUUAGACUUGAUUGAAUCACCUCAAGUGAGAAUAUAUGGAUCUGGACCUGUAAGUUACGUUACAGUUACGCCUACAGAUAGAAAUCUAUACGGCGUAUAUAAAUGUAUAGCAACCAAUACUUUGGGCGAAGCUGAACAUAUAAACCAAUUGAGAGAAGCAUUUCCACCUGGACCUGUGAUACAAGCCAAACAAGAAACAAUUACAGCAACGUCAGUAUCAUUCAGUAUUGUUGGACCACCUGAAGAUAUGGGACCACCAAUUUUAGCGUACACCACGCAAUAUAAAGAGAAUGGAAACUACGAUUGGAACUUAGCUAUGAAUAGGACGUGGUCUGCCAAUUCUCCUUAUAUCAUCGAAAAUUUGCGACCCAUGUACACUUAUGACUUUAGAUUUGCCGCUGUGAACCAAGUAGGAGUCGGUAGUUGGGGUGCUCCCGUGACUGUUAUUAUGCCAAGACGGUCACCCCCAGAACAGCCUAAAUGGCGAGAAGCAGUAAGCUCUGAAUCAUUGAUUCAUGGCAAAUUUGCUGAUAAAUAUGAACUACAAUGGAAAGUCCCAGCUCAUAACGGAGAACCAAUUGAUAUGUACGAAAUUGGAUAUUGUCCAGUUUUAAAGGUUAGCGGAGAGUGGCGUGUAUCAAGCGAGUCCGACUGUGUAACUGAAGAGCUAAAAUCGUAUGAGGCGAUUAACUAUGAGGUUCGCGGUCUGCGACCCGACACCAGAUACCGAAUGCAAGUCAGAGCUCAUAAUAUACUGGGCUAUUCGUUACCAGCGCAACUCUACGUUCAAACCGCCCUCGGUGUUGAACGUUCUGGAUUUGCACCCCCUCAACUUCUGUCCAGUGGAGCUAUAAUAGGAAUUGCACUAGCUGGUGUUCUGAUCUGCUUGCUGAUAGUCGAUCUUCUGCUCUUCUGCUUCCGACGCCAGGGAGUCAUUGCGACCAUAUGCGGUAAACGCGUAAAGACACACAAGGACGACGAAGCUAAAUUAGGAAGGGAUGAAAAGGAGCCUUUGAAGGAAACAGGUGAUGAUGCUAUUAAAAGAAAUUCAUCGGUUGAAUUUGAUGGGCGCCGCGUGUAUGCUACCAGUGGUGGACCUAUCAUUGGGAAGAAUUCUGCAGUGUAA